AGUAGUUAAUUUAAUAUUGAAGGGAUAUAAAGUUGAAAUCUAACCAUGGUGCUCCAGAAUAUAACAUCGUAUCUUAUUGACACGACAAACGGAACGGCAGCUACAUUGGGGAUAUUCCUCGCUACACUGAUUAGUGCAAAAGCAAUACUCAACAUGUUGUGGAAAGACAACCGGCCUCCCGGUCCACGAGGUGUUCCUUUACUAGGAUACCUGCCUUACUUCGGUACUCAUCCACACCUGACAUUUUUCAAGCUUCGGGAAAAAUACGGCGACGUCUUCAGUAUCCAGAUGGGAAGUUUUCCAGCAGUUGUCAUCAGUGGUAAAGAAUUGAUUAAAGAAGUUUUGGUGACACGAGGUGACGAGUUUUCUGGUAGACCAAACUUUUACACCAGUACUUUGCUAGGAAGCGAUUCAUUAAGCUUUGGACAUUUUGACCAUUCUGCUAUACUUCACAAAAAAAUCACCUACAGCUGCCUACAUCUCUUUUCCAAUGCUCGAAUGAAACAAAUAGAGGAAAUGAUAUUUGAUGAAGCGAAAAUAGCAGUUUCAGAAUUCAGUAAUCAGAAUGGGAAACCAUUCUUUCCGGGCGAAAUACUGUUUGCUAGUGUAGGAAGCUUUAUUUAUCAAGCAUGCUACGGGACUCACACUAAUAUUCGCGAAGAAGGUACUUUCCACUCUUUUUUAGAAAAUUCCAGAGAGUUUGCGAAUUUUGCGGGAUCCGGAAAUCCGGUUAAUGUGAUGCCUUGGUUGAGAUUUGUUAUGCCUGGGAAGGUUUCGACAUAUCUUCGGUUGAGAAAUAAGACGAAAGCCGUCAGGAAUACAAAGCUAACGGACUCUUUAAAGUCUUUUUCCCCUUCCCAUGUGCGACAUCUUGCAGAUGGCUUCACUGCAGCUGCAAAAGAGGCCGAUGAAGAUCCCAACUCUGUUUUAACGUCCAAAAGAAUUUUUCAAACGCUCGAUGAUUUAACUGGAGCUGGGUUUGAUACAGUAUCAGUAACUUUGAACUGGGCAGUACUACUCCUAACAGCCCAUCCAGAGGUCCAAAGAAAGGUUCACGCUGAGAUUGACGAUGUUCUAGGUAACCGCCAGCCUAGGCUAGAAGACAAAACAAAGAUGCCGUACUGCAUGGCCACUAUAUCUGAGAUAUCGCGGUUCGCCGAUAUUGCGCCACUUUCAGUACCACAUGCAACGACCAUAGAUACCCAACUGAACGGCUACAAAAUUGCUAAAGGAACUGCUGUCCUUCUCAACGUGUAUACAAUAAGUCAUGAUAAAGAUCUCUGGGGUGACCCAUUUAAUUUUCGACCGGAACGUUAUCUUGAUCAAGCGGGAAGAUUAGAUCAAAAUAUUGCCGGCAAUUUUAAUCCAUUCUCCUGGGGGAGACGAAAAUGUGUGGGCGAGAAUUUUGCCAGAAUGGAACUAUUUUUAUUUAUAACUGGAAUAUUUCAGAACUGUGUAUUCACCAAACCAGCUCACAUUGAGGAAUAUUCUAUGGAUAGUAUAUUUGGGCUAACUGUUUUACCAGUUCCUUAUGAGGUCUGCGCUUCUUUGAGGUAUUAAAUAAUUUAUAGAACAGGUUUUGUACUGCAUCUAAAUUCGGUUAACGCACUUAAAUAUGUUCAAGCUCUAUCAAAAUUAUAUCACAAUUAUAAAGUUAUUAGCAAACAUUCUUAAUAAAAAGAAAUGUGUGAUGUAUCGAUAGUAACUGUGCGAUGUUCGUCAAAAACUGUACAACUAAGUAUUCCAUUUGUAUUAUGGUGGAAUUUGUUUUCAAUCUGUAGACAUUUGUAUAGCAUCUACACAAAUUUCAGUAAACUCUGUUAUAGGAAAUGAAAAUAUAAAAACUUCUCGAAUUACAUUAAGAGGCGACUAAAUUAAUAAAUAUUUCUACUUGAACAGCUUGCAUAUCAAUACCCGAGCGUUGUGUGUUGUGACUUAUUGGGUCAACAGUUUAUUGGGUCCAGAAAAUCAACAUCUUUAUAUGACGGUUGUUAACUGGAGAUAAGAUAGUGAUAAUAUGUAAUUCAUGUCAAUAUAUAAUCUUUACAUUGUACAACCAUAUAAAUAACGGGUAAUAUUUGGUAGGUAUAGCACCCGAGCAAAAUAUGCUUACGCGUUAUGUUAACACUGCUUCACUGUAAGUGUAGAUAUUUUUGUUGUUCAUGAUAAUUGUUUUAAAUUUAACAUACCAAUAUAGCAAGUCUCUUUGAUCAUUCAUCGUUAUCUCACAACUUGCCCACAGUUUUAGUAUGUUACAUUAUUUUACAUGAUAUAGUAUACGUGUAUCACGUGUGGUACAAAAUGUAUCAAAUAAUACCUACUGGAUGGUAACUUAAAGAUACAUAAUGGGAGAUUAGAUACAGAGCUGGCAAUUCUCACUAUAAUAGUUAAAAACUAGAUAAUGUAAAGGGAAUUUGCUGAAAACUUCAGUCAGAUUGAUCCCCUCUGAACUGAGAAUUUAGCGAUUGAAUUUUCGGCCCAGCAUCGAUCAUCAUUACUAAAGUCGGUACAAUAAAUUAUAGUCUCGAUUAUCCAAUUCAUGAUUAAAUCAUGAAUGAAAGUUGAGCAGAAAAUCGGAUCCUAAUACAGUAAAUAUCGCAGGCUAGCGAUGACAUCGAUAGUUGAUCAUGGUCUGGAUAAGUUAAUUAAUGUCUAAUUAAUAAUUGAGAUAACCUUUCAGGCCUAAAGAAAGACCUGCAAUGGACAGAUUUAGCUCUUGCAUAAUGUAUGUUUAACCUACAGCUAUUAGAUGGUUUAAAUGGUUUUGCAACUAGAUCUUUUUUCAAAGGGUUAAUGUUGUAAAUUUAUCUAUAAUACCCUUAACAUGUUUAAUAUAAUCCCAAAUUAACUUCUGAAUUGAUGAUAAUGUUUGGUUAAUAUACAAAGGGAGACAUAUGGUCAGUAUUCUUACUACGCCAGUCCAUAAUAAACGUUUAAACCUUCAUCAGCGUAUAUAAUUUAUUUUGAGUUGAUAUUUCGUAUUAGUAAUAAUUUGCAUGUAUGAUUCUUCGUUAUUACGGUUACUAUUUUCAUAUUUGACAUGCUAUAUUGAGAAUUAUACAUCACAUGAUAUAUGUAAUUUCAUCCAUAGUUAUGCACAUACGUUCAAUAUCGAACGUCGUACACAAUAUGUUAUAUUAAUUCGAACAAUGCCACACAUAAGAUACAGAUUUGUGUUCUUUUACUAAAAGACAUUAAAUAUGUUUCUAAUCGUAAUAUCGUAAUUAUAAUGUAUUAUGUAUUUCGAAUCGUAAUUAUAAUAACCUGUAUUUCGAUUUAAUAUUGUCAGCAUAUUGUUUAAAAAAAAUGUAUUUGUUAUA